AUGGGAAAUUGUCUCCUGAGGGAAGUCUGUUGCCUGGGAGAGAAUCAAAAGAUGCACAAGAAGGUAACUCCAGAAGUGAUAAGGAGACGGCAGGAAACGACCACAUUUGAAAGACAAAAUCAAGGUCAAGAUAAGGAAAGUCAAGAUGUUUCAUCCACUUCUUAUCAGGAAAAUGAGGAUGGCAGUGGCUGUGAAGAAGUAUGCUACACAGUCAUUAAUCACAGUCAUCAUCGGAGACCCUCCCUGAGCUCCACUGAUGAUGGCUAUGAAAAUAUCGACUCCACCACAAAGAGAGUGAGGCAGUUCAGAGAUGGACCAGAAACAGAAUAUGCCCUUCUCAAGACAACCUGUGUUUCUAGGCCUGCUUCCAGCAUCCACGAGCAUGAUUAUGAGACUGUGUUUCCCUGCUAGAGACCCUCCUGUGGCCUCAUCACCUUCCUGGUAAUGAACAUGACCCAGAACGAGAGUCCAGGAAAUCCUCUCUCAGCAGCUCAUGAAUCACCUGCUUCAGCCCAGAGAUUAAAAAUGAUGUUGUUGUGCUGUAUUGCCUUGAGCAAAUAUGAAACAUGAUAUCUCUGUUGUUUGGGGUAAACCAUAUAAAUUGAUCCAAUGACAUAGAUUAUUCUACAUCUUUUGUUUGUAAGGUUUGGGGACAUGGAUAAGGUGGAAAACUUUCCUAGGACAAUAAGCAUCCAAUAGAAUUUUUACAGAUUGUGUUCUGGAAUCUUCUAUUCCUAACCCUGCU